AUGAUGAUCUCUGGGGAAGUCCAGGGUCUACAGCUACACCUGUGGCUCUCUUCUCUGGGGAUGCUACAGGUAGUCACAGAAAACAUGCUGAAUGAAGCCAAGGCACUGCUAGACUUGUCUACUCUGGCUGCGGAGGCCGCCUUGCCAGUGUCCAGUAUGGUCAGUACCUUCUGUCGGCGACAUUCGGACUGCGGGGCUCACAAUUCAGUUUCGAGAAUCAUGCUGGCACUCAAGAAAAACAUCGGCGUGGCGUGUGAAGCUGACAGGAUGUCUCAGGGAAAGAUUGUCCGCACGUUGCACGCAAUAGGCAACUCCGGCCAAGCAGCACAGGUUGAGGACGUGCUGGAUAACUGCAUCAGGAGAAAGUAUUUUCCGGAAGUGCGCAUCGCCGCCCUUCAAGCACUGUACUACAUGCCGUGCACCGUCAACAGGACAAGGGCAGAAGGGAUCUUUCAUGAUCAGACUGAGGACUGGGAAGUGAGAAUCACUUCGUACUUGGUAAUCAUGCAAUGCGCAACUCUGGAACUGCUUUCCAAAUUGCGCCUCACGAUAGCAACAGAGCAGAAUGAGCAGGUUUUGUCCUUUGUCAAAAGUCACGUGACUAACCUGCGGAAAAAGGCCAGAUCAGGAGGAGAUCAUGUUCCGAAAUUUCUGGAUAAUGCAGAAUUUUCUUCCUGGGAAAAGGAAGAACAGAAACUUCAGACAGCAAAGAACAUUUAUGCCUCGUUUUUCUCUGAGCGCCACAACGUCGGUAUUCAGAUCGAUGCAAACGUUCUCUGGCCUUCGUCGUCCCCUUUGGCCUUUGACCUCUUCAUCGCAGCAUCUUCAAAUACGUCUGUAGCAUGGCUACCCAGGUCAUCUGCCUUAAAAAUAGCUGUCGAUGCAUUCGGAGACAAAUGGGAUCUCUUCGAAGUAGGACUACGCGCUGAGGGAUUAGAACCUGUUAUUGAAAAUAUCAUUUUGUCAUCUUUUCCUGCCAUCAGAUCGUCACACAAAAAACCUGUCAGAGGAGAUACAGGGGGAGGUUCUCUGUAUGCCAGAUUUCAGGGCAAGGAAAUUGCAUUUUUUAGAAGUGAGAUGUUUACGCCAGGACAAAGUACUUGGCCCGCCGGACAAACCUUAUUGAGCGCUCUGAGAACACUCUCAACAGAAGGCAGAUACAACUUCACGCAGAGCGCUAUUUUAGCGGAUGUAAGUUUAGUUGUACCUACAGCUUCUGGUCUGCCUCUGACGCUUGGCCUCAACAGUUCGGCCUCUGUGGAGCUCGCCGUCUUCGGGAAACUAGAUUUUCACGAUCUGACCUCCAGUCCCAGGAAUCUACACGCUGCCGGGCAAAUCAGAGCAAGGUAG